CCCACGUGAAGCGAGGAGUCUCGUCUCCCUGGCUGUUGCUCCUGAUCCCUCGUCUCUAAGCACAUGUAGCCUACUACUGUUCCGUAUUCCUUCUAUACUGGACGGCUGGACCUGUUGUCUUCGUUAUCAUUUCUUUCUCUUUAAGUGCUGACUUUUUUUUUAUGAGAUUUACUUAAGCAUUUUGAUUCUCGUCAUCACCGUUGCGUGGAGACAGCGAAUGGCACGGGUCUAGUCAGACAACUUGUUCACGCCAGUAUCGUAACAUGAUGUACAGUGGAGUGGCGACCUUUUGGCUCCUGCUCGGGGUGUUGUCAUGGUCGACGUGUGAACCAGUGGGUGCGCCAGGUCACAGGACCCAAACACUCGCCCAGCACUACGCCUCCGUCGCCUCCUACCCGUUCUCCAAGAUCGUGGGAGUGUUCAGUGUGUUGGAUGAAGACUCCUGCGCAUGUCUCCUUUUCUACAAGUCUUGUUCUCUCGAGAUCUCACUCCAAUCCGUCAUCAAGGCCAGGGGGUUUCCAUGUCCACUGUUGAUGCGGUACUGCUGCCGGCGAAUGACUCUACUCGACAUGUCCAGCACCUUCAGGAAUGAGUUUACAAGCCCCCUGGGCGAGCGUCUGGCAGACAUCAACAGUGUCAGCCACUAUUUGACGAGCGUCUUGGGAGAGCAUAAGCCAUAUGCCAAGAACUCCUCCACUAUCCCAACGGCAACAAGUCAGCAAAUCCGCAGUGACAAGUCAGGCUUGCGACCGUCUGCUCUAGACACUCCAGUCUUCCAGUUCAGAGCCUCAAGAGCAUCUGAAGUACAAAGCAGAGAAAGAAUGGCUCCCUUUUUCCCGUCGCGACACUCUCAAGGUACAGAUUUAGAUGAAGAUCCUUCAGAAACGCCAGCAACUGCCUUCCCAGACGUUGGCCAGCAGACGAAAAUCUACAACAACAAUAAUGAGUUUAAGCAACAAACGGAAACUCUGCCAAGCGAUGCGUUCAAACGUGAGGCAGACUUUCCAAGAAGGUCCAAGAUGAUGGCUUGUUCCUGCACGACUCGGGAAGACUGCACCCUCUCCUGGUCCUUCUUCUCUGAUCUUCCUCAAGUCAAGAUCAGGACCAGUUUAGAGUGUAGGGGACCAGAAGAGGUCACAUGUUGUCUUGGUCGAGUCCUGCCUCCACAUUCUCAUAAGUCUAGGAAGGAGGGUCACCCGAGAUCUCCCUCUACAUCGUCAGUGUGGCGACCUCUGGAGGAGGCGUGGGAUAGUAUCAUCUCUUGGUUCCAAGGUUAAUGUCAUGAACUACAAAUACAUGGAAGUCGAUAUAAGAAAGACUGAUGAUAAAAUGCUGAAUGAUUGUAUUAACGGAAAAAAAUAUAUUUGUCGCACUCUACAGCUCACUGAGCAUGAUUACUAUGAUUAAAUAGUUCUCGUGUGUGCGACGGCAUACCCAUCUGUCUGAUAUAAAUGGAUUGAGAAAUGGUCCAAGAAGGCCUGUAACUCAUUCCUUUGAUUAUAUCGGUCUAAUAUAUUUUCUUUUGGUCUAACACAUGCACGGGAAGGAACGACAUCGGCAUCAUUUUCGUCAUCAUCAACAUCGUCGUUAUCAUUUUUCUUUUUCACACUGAGCAUCGUCUCCACCCGCUAUGCCUGCCACAUUCAAUUCAUGAGGCAAAGCAGUUAGUCUUGACAAACCUCUCUCUCUCUCUCUCUCUCUCUCUCUCUCUCUCUCUCUCUCUCUCUCUCUCUCUCUCUCUCUCUCUCUCUCAGGGAGGACUGUCUCACCCACCGGCAGAUAGAUAAAUGCACGUCUCCUCAAUAUAUCUUAUAUCUGUAUGAACGCUUUUUAGGAAUGUGUAAACGGUAAUGUUCUCGAAAGAGGCAGCGGACUGACAUAGCAUUGGCUUACUGCGCUGCUCAGCUCGGCCACCAUCCAUCUCACACAAACCUGACAGCCCACAACAAGGGGUCAUAAAGGUGUUGUACCUGACUCCGUUGUGGGACAAAACCUCACUUACCCGAUCUAGCUUAGCAAGUCAGGAUAUUUGUGGAAUUAAAAGAAACUUAAGCGGCAGAGAUGAUGUCCACCUAAAUAUUUUGGUGGUGGGAUUUUGUCCACUGAAAAAUUUGUCAUAAAAUUCCUGUCAGGGGAAUUUGUGCGUGUAGCACCCGACGCGGCGUCAAUCAUCCCGUAACUUAGUCUGGGAGUACUGACCGAUGCGUGAGGAGUGUCAGAGACGAGUGUUUGUAUCGUUCUGUUGCUGGUAAAUGUUUCCGCUGUCAGAGAGGAAACUACUCGAUGUGAUAUUUGUGAAUGUACAUCUGAAAUUUUAAUUAAUCUUUAGUUUUGUUUCACUAUUUUAACGUAGGGAAAGUUUUUGUUUUCUAUUUUACUCGUAAUUUGACAAGUGUGCCAUUUUUCCAAGUAGCGUUUCUAUUUUAGUCCAAUGACCUCGACCUCUUGACCCCGUAAAUAUAUGGCUGUUUAAAAGACCUUACCCGACAGCUUAACACCUGACACUCGCCACGGUCAGCCGCCUGGAUACUUGACGCCCUUUUAAAACAUCUCUCUUUCUCUCUCUCUUUGUAAUUGAUUUGGCUCACUGCUGAAGGGGACAUAAGUUACCAUCGAAAUACAGUGUUCAUGUUUAUGUGUUUCAUCUUCCUACUGCAGAAUUUCAGUGGUACUUACAUACAUUUUUUUUUUACGGGCAUUAGCCCACUCGGGCUCAGGCCAUUAUAUAAUGACCCACAUCAAAGCCUU